AUGCCUACCAUUACCGUCGACAAGUACGCCCUUUACGAGGCCCUCGGUCAGAAGUUCACCAAGGAGGAAUUCGAGGACCUAUGUUUCGAAUUUGGAAUUGAGCUCGAUGAAGACACCGAGGAGGACGAACGCCCGGCAGGCGUGCCUCCGGAGCUGAAAAUCGAGAUACCGGCCAACCGCUACGACAUGUUGUGUUUCGAAGGCAUCCAGCUAAUGCUCAACAUUUUCCGACAAAAAUCCCCUAUCCCGAAUUACCGCGUGGUCGAGCCUAAGGAUGGCAAUGUCCAGACCUUGACGAUCAAGUCCGACACCCAGAAAGUUCGUCCCUACGCUGCCGGUGCUAUUCUGAGGAAUAUCAAUUUCACCCAGCAGAGCUACGAGUCUUUCAUUGCGCUGCAGGACAAGUUGCACAUGAAUCUAGCCCGUCAACGGACAUUGGUGGCUAUCGGAACGCACGACCUCGACACGAUCCAGGGGCCUUUUGUGUACGAUGCCCUGCCGCCAAAUGACAUCAAAUUCAAACCUUUGAACCAGCAGAAGUCGAUGACGGCUACCGAGCUCAUGGAUUUCUACGAGAAGGACAAGCAUCUCGGGAAAUACCUUCACAUCAUCAAGGACGCCCCCGUCUACCCUGUGAUGCUCGACGCAAACAACGUCGUACUGUCCAUGCCCCCAAUCAUCAACGGCGAGCACUCCAAGAUCUCGCCCAAGACGAAGAACGUCUUCAUUGAUCUCACUGCCACCGACGAGACUAAGCUGGAGAUCGUUACGAAUAUGAUGGUGACAAUGUUCUCCACGUAUUGCGCCGACGCCUUCACAAUUGAGCCAGUCAAGGUCAUCUACGAGUAUGACGACACGCGGACGCGCAAUUUCCCAGAUCUCACCCCAAAAAUAAUCGAGACAGAGGUCGACUACCUCAAGAGUUGCACAGGCCUCGACGAGACUCCAGAGCGCAUUUGUGAGUUGUUGACGAAGAUGGCCUAUACCGCCAAACCGUCCACCAAGGACAAGAACUUGAUAGAGGUCUCUGUACCACCGACAAGAGCAGAUGUGCUCCAUCAGUGCGACGUGAUGGAAGAUCUGGCCAUCUGCUACGGCUACAACAACCUUCCUAGAUCAUCACCUCACAAAUCGGCAACGGUUGGUGCAUCGACGAAAAUCCAGAAAUUGGCCGACAUUGUGCGAUUCGAAGCCGCUUUUGCAGGCUGGACGGAGGUGCUGCCACUCAUUCUCUGUUCUCAUGACGAGAACUAUACAUAUCUGAACAAGAAAGACGACGGCAAGGCAAUACGGCUUGCGAACCCAAAGACAGCAGAGUACCAAGUUGUCCGUACGUCACUUCUGCCGGGUCUUCUCAAGACAAUUCGAGAGAACAAGAGCAAGGCCUUGCCGAUCAAGAUUUUUGAAUGCUCGGACGUUGCUUUCAAGGAUGAGGCUGAAGAGCGCAAGGCCCGCAACCAGAGAAAUUUUGCGGCUGUCUUCUGCGGCAAGACGUCUGGAUUCGAAGAGGUGCACGGACUGCUGGACCGGCAGUUGCUAAUGCUGCAGACUGCUUUUCUAACACACGAAGAGGCUUUGCAAGGAAAGAGCAUUGACUUCCAAGUCGUUCAGGAGCCCUCGAAACAAGACGGUUACUGGCUUGAGCAGACUGACGAGCCCACUUUCUUCCACGGCCACGCGGCCGCUAUUUACCUGCGCCUGGAUGGAAAGACUCAGAAGAUUGGCCAGUUUGGCAUUCUUGACCCAACUGUGCUGGAGGCCUUUGAUAUCAGAUACCCCGUAUCAGCGCUGGAGUUCAAUCUAGAGGUCUUCUUGUAA